AGGUUACAUUAGGAGGAUUUUUUAAUACAUAAUUGCAUGUGUUUCCAAGCAUUUAAGAGGUGCGUAUCUUAAAUUAGGGUUCCUUGACAUGGGAAUAAAAUGAGGAUAAUUACAAAGUCAACUCAAGGGCCAAUAUUUUAGGUGAGAAUUGCUUCAUGAAUAAUUUUGGAAGAUUUCUUUUUUUUUCUCUGUUGCCAGUGUUGAUGAGUAUUCUAACAACCAAGAAAUUUUAAAAUAUUCUGUCAUCUUUGUGUUGCCAUGGAAAGUCAUGAUAUCUGAUUCAAGAGAUAUGUUCCUCAAAAAGGACUACAUGAAUGAGUAAUGGAUUCAAUCAGAUUUUGUUGCUUUUCAAAGUAGAAAGGAACAGAAAUUUUGUUUAGAGACUUUAUUUGCAAGUGCUAUGUAUGUAUGUAUGUAUAGAGAGAGAGAGAGAGAGAGAGCACCAGUUUACAGAUGUGGUUAGUGAGAACAAGCCGACAUGGUGGUUGGAAACACUCCCCAGCACAAGAACUUUAUUAAUAUCUGAUACUGGGAUAGAUCCUCGAUGAUUAAUAUACACAUGCAUGAUCCAUGUGACAUACAAACCUUAUCAUGGCAUGGAAACAUCACCAGAUCGCAGGAGAUGGAUUGUCAUGAACGGAGAACGGAGAACGGAGAUGACACCACGCUCCGGUCAUCUUCUACUCUCCCUGCUUCCGUGCCUCUCAAUCUUGUCAGCCUCUUCACUUCCGUAUCCUGAGAGCUUCCUCCUCUGCCUCUCUUCUACCGCUUCACCCUCCACCGACUGGUCUCGUCUCCUCUACCUCCCCAACAGCCCUUCCUACUUCUCCCUCCUCAAUUCCUCCAUCCAAAACCUCAGAUUCUCUUCCCCUGAAACACCAAAACCCCUCCUCAUCAUCGCUCCGACUGAUGCAUCCCAAGUUCAAGCAUUGGUCAACUGCUGCAGGGAUCACGGCCUGCCGAUCCGAGUUCGGAGCGGCGGGCACGACUACGAAGGCUUGUCGUACCGAUCCGAGAAGAAGAGCAACUUUGUCUUGGUCGAUCUGGCCGACCUCCGGUCGGUGAGCGUCGACGUAGAACACGCCGUGGCUUGGGUGGAAGCUGGAGCCACCGUCGGCGAACUCUACUAUAGGAUUGCAGAACACAGCGGGACGCUUGGGUUCCCCGCCGGCGUCUGCCCCACGGUCGGCGUCGGCGGCCACCUUAGUGGCGGCGGCUUUGGGCUCUUGUGGCGGAAGUAUGGGCUCGCAGCUGAUAACGUUUUGGACGCCAAGGUAAUCGACGUCGAUGGCAGGAUCCUGGACAGGGAAUCCAUGGGCGAGGACCUCUUCUGGGCCACAAGAGGCGGCGGCGGAGCAAGCUUCGGUGUCAUCGUCUCUUGGAAGGUCAGAUUGGUCCCCGUCCCUGCCACCGUGAGCACGUUCACCGUUCACAGGACGUCGGAGCAGGGAGCAAUCGAGCUGAUGAACAAAUGGCAGAACAUUGCUCACCUGCUCCAUGACGACCUGCUCCUCCGCGUUAACAUAGCCCAAACCGAGGGGGCAAAGAGGAGGGUGGAGGCGGUGUUCAUGUCCAUGUUUCUUGGAGACUGCGAAGGGCUCCUCCAACACAUGGGGCACAGCUUCCCGGAGCUGGGAGUGGAGAGGGACGAGUGCAGAGAGAUGACUUGGAUCGAGUCUGCAGUACAUGCCGCAGGGCACACAAACAGAGAGCCGAUAGAGAUUCUCACGGACAGAGGAUUGCAGCCGAAGAUCUUCAACAAAGGCAAGUCUGACUACGUGACAGAGCCCAUCCCGGUGACGGGGUGGGAAGCCAUCUGGGGUAGGAUCUCCGAGGAGAAAGCUGGUUCGAUGCGGAUUGAUCCCUGUGGUGGGAGGAUGAGUGAGAUAGAAGAGUCACGGACGCCGUAUCCUCACAGGAAGGGCAACCUCUUCAUCAUCCACUACCUUUCUAUAUGGAAAGAUGGUAGUGUUGCAGAAUCCAAGCAGCACUUGGAUUGGAGCAGGAGGAUGUACAGAUUCAUGACUCCAUACGUCUCCAAGCAUCCUCGAGCUGCGUAUGUCAACUUCAGGGAUCUUGACCUGGGAAAGAACGAUGGUAGCAGGAGUUACUCUGAGGCGAAGGUUUGGGGUGAGAAGUACUUCAAGAACAACUUUAGGAGGUUGGCCAUGGUGAAGGGCGUGGUGGAUCCUGGCAACUUUUUCAGCCAUGAACAGAGCAUCCCACCUCUUGUCGUUGAGACUGAGAAGAUGUCACAGUAGAUUGGCUCCGAGAGGAUGCCAUCGAUCAGUAUCUUGUUAUGAUCUCAGUGUUUCCUCUACCCACAAAUCAGCAAUAUGCUCCUAUCAACCGUGUGUUUGAACUUGACAUGUAGAGUUAUUGCAUAUGUUAAUAGGAUGAGAGAACCGAGAGUACGGUGACA